AUGUCGGAAGACCAACUCAAAGAGCUUAUCCCAUUCCUCCAUGAUAAAAACCCACAAGUUCGCCAAAUUGCUCUAUCCAACCUGCUUGGUCAGACGCCCAAAGGAUCCCCUCAUCGAGACAUAUUCCUGUCCGGGUUGCCAGCAGGGGGCCUACAACGAGCUCAAGACAGCGAUGUAGUAAGGGAUCUAAAGCUCUUAUGUCGCGAUCAGCUGGCAACUGCUCACGAUGCCUUUCGUGCACUCGUGAAUCUUUCCGACAAUUCGCUACUAGUCGGAUCCCUCUCAGAGCCGUCAUUUUUUGGGUUUCUCGUAUCUUAUAUUCUUAAUUUCCAAUCCACUCUAGCAGACCUUGCCUCAAUGCUUCUCUCAAAUCUGACGGUAUCGGCGGCCACAUGUUCAGCACUACUAUCUCUCAAUGUGUCUAUGCUACCCGACCCAAAAUCUCCAAUCAUGUAUUUCCCUGUGCAAUCUCGCUGCGGGACGUGUCCAGCUCCUGUACCUUACCCUCCCGGAGAACCUCAAGAUGUACUAGCCCUACCUUUACUCGUCGACGCAUUUGUACAAGGCGCAGUUGCGGCUGAAACCGAAGACGUGGACAAGCGACUGCGCAGAGGUGAUCUGCAUUUCCUAUCCAGUGUAUUCGCAAAUUUGAGUAUCACUACUCCUGGACGAAUGUUUUUCAUGACACCCAGACCUGCCGACCCAACCAAGUCUGACGGGAAUCACGAGUACCCGUUAUCCAAGCUUCUCGUCUUUACAGAACACAAGGAUACAAUACGAAGAGGUGGCGUCGCUUCUACCAUAAAAAAUUGCGCAUUCUAUGUGCAAGCUCACCAUGCUCUGCUAUCCCCCGAUUCGACUCGUGUAACAAUUCCGCCGUCAACAUUGGAAGCACUAGGCUUAGACAUCCUGCCAUAUGUUCUACUUCCUCUGGCCGGUCCUGAAGAGUUUGACCUCGAGGACCAAGAGCUCCUUCCUCCGGCUCUCCAAUUCCUUCCUCCAACCAAAAAGCGCGAGCCAGACCCAGUGCUUCGUUUGACACACGUGGAGACUCUACUACUGCUUUCCACCACGAGAUGGGGGCGAGAUCAUCUCAGGAAUAACGGCGUCUACGAGGUCAUCCGAGCCCUUCAUGAGAACGAGGAAGUGGACGAGGUAUCGGAGCACGUUGAGCGUCUAGUCAACCUUCUGAAGAGGGAUGAAGGGCCGGAUACUGCGCAAGGCGGCCAAAUACCAGCCCUGGAGUCAAGUGCAAGGAUCAAUGAAGUUGAUGACGAUGAUGAAGACAAUAGAAUCGAGGAGAUAUAA